GCUUGGGGAAAAUAUCUCAUUUACUCACUUUCCUUCUGACAAAGCAAACUUCAAGCUCUGUAAUCUUUUAGUUCACUGAAGAGACCCGGCGAUAUGGCUACAAGCGUAGACCAGCUUACAGCUAAUCACGUGGACUGCCCUUGUCCUCCUGAGACGCCUGGUCUAAAGAUGACCCGACAACAGAUCUUAACUCUUAUUGCGAUGGCGUCCAUAAACUUCAGCUCAAUGAUAUGCUAUUCGAUAUUGGGACCAUUUUUCCCUCAUGAAGCAGAAAAGAAAGGAGUCAGUCAAGCAGUCAUCGGUUUGAUAUUUGGAUGCUAUGCUUUCUGCACUUUGGUUGGAUCGUUAAUACUGGGCAAAUAUAUUGUCCAAAUUGGGGCCAAGUUUAUGAUAACUGCAGGCUUGUUCAUUUCAGGCGGAUGCACUGUAGUCUUUGGCUUCCUUGACAGAGCUCCCGAUGGAACAGUUUUCAUAGUGCUCUGUUUUGUUAUAAGGUCUGCAAACGCAGUGGGCUUUGCUGCUGCCGUAACAUCUUCUUUUGCCGUAUCAGCAAAAGUUUUUCCCCACAAUGUUGCGACUAUUCUGGGCUUUAUGGAGAUAUUUACAGGAAUUGGACUCAUACUGGGACCACCAUUGGGUGGAUGGAUGUAUCAGUCAUUUGGAUAUGAAAUUCCAUUUAUUGUUUUGGGAUGUCUUCUGUUUUUGACCGUUCCCUUAAACAUGUGGAUUUUACCCAGCUUUGAUGCGGUUGCAUCGCAGGCCUCUUUCCUCAGGCUGUGUACCCGAGUAAAGAUCAUGCUCAUUUGCUUUGUGGUAUUCACUCUCAGCUCAGGCAUUGGCUUCCUGGAUGCAACUCUGUCAAUAUUUGCCAUGGAGAAGUUUAGCAUGAGCACUGGAUCUGUGGGUCUACUCAUGAUCGGGGUGUCAUUACCUUAUGGUGCUGCGUCCCCUGUCUUUGGAAUAAUCAGUGAUAAGUAUCCAUUUAUAAGGAGGUGGAUGAUGGUGUUGGGAGGAAUGGCCACAGCAGUUAGCUUUUGUUUACUUGGUCCUGUUCCUGUUUUGCAUGUUAAGAGUCAGCUUUGGCUUACUGUCGUCAUGCUGGUGGUCAUUGGCUUUUCUCUGUGUAUGACUUGCAUCCCCACCUUCGCUGAGAUGUUGAUAUGUGCUCAUGAAAAUGACUUUGAGGAGGGUUUAAGCACGCUGGGUUUGGUAUCCGGCCUCUUCUCAGCUGUGUGGUCUGCCGGGAUGUUCUUUGGGCCCACCGUUGGUGGAUAUAUCACACAAAAACUGAAUUUUGAAUGGAGUGCAGGAGUUCAAGGAACACUCGCUUUUUUUGCUGCAUUUCUACAAAUAAUAUAUUUCACCAAUGAAGAAAUACAGAAGAGAAGGCUACAGCAGAGCAUUCGGACUGAAUCCACGUUGUUUACAGAAGAAAAAUCCCCUCUUCUGUCUUCUGCUCAUCAUUUAUAGGUACUGAAAUAUGAUAUGCAAGUGCAUUGCUACAGUGUACCGCUAUGAGAAACGGGGAAAAGCAUCAUGCCGACAAGAAAAUAGUUGAUUUUUCUUAAGAAUACAGAGAACGUUAAACACAAUUUUGCCACUUUUUACUCAAUGUUGUGGCUAUUUUUCAGGACAAAAGGUGCUGUUAUUCUGUAAAACCUUAUUGGAGUCAAAGCUCACUGAUGUGUCAGUACCUCAAAAGAUAUGUCUAUUUACUGUACAUGCAAUACAGGCUCACUUGAGUUUGCACUCAAGUGAGCCUGUGCCUUAAAUAAAUUAAUUAGGGAAGCACAAUGUUAUUGGAAUUAAAUCAGUAGGGGCAGAUAAUUGCUUGGAAAAAAUAUCAGCAUCGAACAGAUGUUUCGAUUUCACAGAUGCUUCAAACAGAUAUUUGAUUACAUAUGUAUUAUACUGUGGGAGAGCAGAAUGUUUAGGAUGACUCUGUAAAACAUCUGCAUUUUAUUAAUUUUAAUGCAGUAACACUAGAAAUAAGUUAUAUUAUUCCGUAAUGGUAAUCCACGUAGAUGUAGUCCAGGUUUUUGUACAUUUUACAAAUGUCUAUAAUAUCGGCAGAAGCAUACAUGAAAAAUACAGGAUGUCUGCAUUGACCCCGAAUCCCAUAUUCCUAAAAUGAAUUAUACAUAAGACAUAAGAAGCACAGGCUAUAAAUGGGAAACAUUUUUUUUCUACUGGGUAUCUUUUUAUCUGUAUACCACUCUUUCUCUCUACAGAGACAGUGUAGAACUUCUUAGUAGUACUUUAUGUAUAGAGUGUAUAAAGAUAUGUGUGUACACUCUUAAAGGUGCUACAAAGGGUUUUUUUUGCCACUUUUGGUUCCCUAAAAGACCAUGUUUGAAAAUGAGUAUUGUGUGAAUAAUCUUAAAAAACCUUAACAUAUAGGUUCUAUACCAAUUUAAAACUUCCUAGAUCUUUAACAUUAUAUGGAAGGUCCUUUAUACUAAAAAACUUUCUUCACACAUCUCAUUUACAAAUCUCUGCCACCUUUAAGAGUAUAGUGUGUAAUGUUGAUGUAUAAUGUUUUAUAAACAUGCUUAACAUUUCAGAUUUUCUGAACACAUAUUUGGUAAAAUUUAAAUAUUAAUGAAUCUUGAAAGAUUCUUAUAUCUUCAUUUAUUGAUGUUCACUAGGGAACAUAUCUCUGGUACUAAAUGUUGGUAUGCUAUUUCAAAAGGAAUGCUGGAAAAUAUGUUUAUA